GUGGUUGUUGUUGUUGUUGAGGUGGUUGUUGUUGUUGAUGCUGUGGUUGUUGUUGUUGUUGUUGAUGAUGAUGAUGAGGUUGUUGUUGUUGAUGUUGUGGUUGUUGUUGUUGUUUUUGUUGAUGAGUUGGUUGUUGCUGUUGUUGAUGAUGAUGAGGUGGUUGUUGUUGUUGUGUUUGCAAGAGCGUUGGACCUGUCUGCUGUAUCAUCGUGCCGGGGGCCGGCUGAGAGCCGGCCUUUGAAAGCGAAUGACCGAGUGCUGCCUGUUUUUGGUUGA